AGUUUUUUUGCUACUAAUACAUCUAAAAAACAUGCCACUGGCAAAAAAUAAGAAUAAUGAGACGAUACUGAACACAACUUUUACCAGAUAUUUGUCACCAAAUAUAAGUACCUCGUGUUCAACACCAUCAUCCAACGGCGAUAGUUAUUUUACGCCAACACCCACACCUUCACGCAGUAAAAAUUCUCUGAUAAACCCCAUUCCAUCCACAUCAUGUAAAAGUGCAUUUUCUGUACAAUCAUUUCAUACAGCAACAGGAGAUUAUGAGGAAGAUGAUCACUUACUAGACGAUCCAGGAAUUGCUAAAAAGGCAUUUGAGUCAACGUUAUUUGUGGUGGAUGAGGAAGGCUCGUCAUCGAAUAAAAUAAAUAACACAAUCGGACAGCAGAAACAUUACUAUAGACCCAAAAUGGUCUCCACAAACUCCUCGUCAACAACGAAUGAUUUUGUGAUGGGAUAUCCCAAUGGUCUGUCAACCACCACUACAAAUAAUAGUAUGAUGAUUCACCCCACGUCAUUAUCACAUAGUUAUACCAGCAACAGUAUGUUCAACAAUUAUUUUUAUUAUGGCUCCUUGGGUAGUGCUGCAAUAUCAAGAUCCCCAUCCGGAUCAUACAUGAACGAAUAUUAUAAUGAAGAUUAUGGAGUUGUCCUGGAUGAUGGCACUUUACAAAAACGAUCUGUUUCAUUAUCUACUAUGCCGAUCUCAACUCCGCUGGAAUUUAAUAAAAAGAAAUUCAAAGGAAACUACAACCAUUUUUACUACCAAAAUAACGAAGAUGAUCCUAGUCAACACAAAUCAGCUAGUAGAAGCCAGGCAGAAGAAUUUUAUGCUCAUUUGUUAGAAGAGGAAAGGAGAGGACUUUUGCUAACGACUGUAACUUCCUCUGAUCCAAAAAUGAUUAUUCAAGAUCUUCAGCCCAAUGAUUAUGGCGAGACUAGCGAUGACAAUACAGACAAUCUCUCUAAUAGUAGGAAGAGAAGGAGGAAAUAUGAGCAACAUUCGCAAGAAAGAAAUUGCAUCUCUUCUAUUUUCAUUUCAAUUUUCAUGUGGAUAAAACGUCAUGUAUUCACCCUGUCCUACAAGCAAAAAAUGGUUCUAAAAUGCAGCUUUGCAUAUCUUUUGGGGUCUCUUUUUACAUUUGUUCCGGUUUUAAACCAAAUGCUCGGAACUGCAAGAUUGUCAAGUCAUGUAAUAGCAACCGUCACCGUAUUUUUUAACCCCUCAAAAACGGUAGGAGGUAUGGUUGAGGCAGCAGGGUAUGGUCUUCUUUAUACGGUUUGUGCUCUCUUGCUGUCUUUAUUAAGUAUGGUCAUUGCAAUUUAUUUGAGGUCCGAAGAGUAUUACGUUACAUCCUGCUGUGUUACACUUGGAUUUUGGUUAGCUGGUAGCACUUUUGCUCUAUCCUUCAUUAAGGCACACUAUAAUAAGCCUUCCAUAGGAACAGGUUGUGGUUUGUAUUUCAUGAUUAUAUUUCCAGUUCUCGUAAGAGAAGGUUCUGUUAUACCUUCUGAUUUCGAUCCGACUUAUAUUGAAGAAAUGUUUUCUAUCGUCACAAUUGGCACUGCUAUUUCCGCUUUUGUAUGUUGGUUUAUCUGGCCAAUGACAGCCACUAAAAAAUUAAAAACCGAUAUCAAUGAUACGUUGAUUGCUGUUCGGAUUUUAGUUAAGUUGCUUACAAAAACGUUUUUACUCGAUUCGGAUUUACCGGAAUUUACUGCCAACGAACAUUUACACACUGCGAUUAAUUCACAUCGCACUAGCUUCAUUUCUCUAAAAGCAUCCUUGGCUGAUGCUAAACGUGAAUACUACAAUCUGGAUAUAUGGAAGCAUGCUGAAGGAUAUGACUCAAUUGUUUCUAGUCUACAAAGGCUUGCACAACAUAUUGGAGGUCUUCGUAGUAGUUGUGGUUUACAAUUUGAAGUAAUGAAAGCCACAGAUAACAAAAAGAAAGGGUACGGAUCAAUUGAAACAAGCGAAGAGAACAUGCCAAAAAUUGUGAAAAAGAAAAAGGUAUACAACAUCAAGGCUGGUGAUCAGAGAAAGAGGAUGGAAUAUGAAUUGAAAAAGGAACAUCGGUCAACCGGAUCUUUACAUGGUUCUGAUGAGGAUGAUGUAGAAGAGGAAGACCAAAGUUUAAACGCCACAGAUAAAAAGCCUAAGGAUGGCUAUUAUCAUAUUGAACAAGAUCAAAACGAGAAUGAGGAAGGCGCACUGGUGCAAUUUAUAAAAACAGUAAGUCCGCCAAUGAAAUCGCUCGCUUAUACUUGCAAGCAAACAGUCGUCCAUUUGGAAUCUCGAUUUACAAGCUCGACUACGGAUAAGACACCUCCAUUCAAUUUGUUGAGACAAAACUUGGCGAUGGCAAUAUCACUUUUUGAAGAGUCUCAGCAACUCGCAUUAACUCGGAUGUAUCGUCGUAAAAUGAAGAGUGGCAAUAAGAAAAAGAGGAGAUCAGAACAAAGCUUGCCGAUUGAUCCCCAGGAGUUACAGUCACAUUUAAUGAAACAGUUUCCUGCUGAGGAUGUAUUUCUGGUUUACUUUUUUGUAUUUUGUCUACUGGAAUUUGCCAAAGAGCUUAUGGUGUUAGUAGAAUGUGUAAAAUCCGUAUAUGAGUAUGAUGAAGAGCAACGAAACAAAGGCGGCAUUUGGACAUGGAUCAAAAGAUAUUUAAUUUCACCAUUCUGGUGUUUGUGCUGUUGCUUCUAUACCAAACCUUAUUAUCCAAAAGAAAAUGGCGAAGAGAAUAUCAUAAACAAUGACAAGCCAACUACACCAGUUAUUACGAAAAAAAGCUCUAUUGAUUCUUUUGUACCUAAUAACAAUAACACAUUCAACACACUCCAUACACCCAAACCCAAGACUAAAAUUAGAAGGUUCUUCUUAAGUCUUUGGGGUUUUUUCUCCUGGUUCAGAACACACACAGUUCGAUAUGCACUGAAAUCGACGCUGAUUGCAUUAGCUAUUACUGUGAUGGCAUUUAUACCAGCAACUAGAGAGUAUUUUCUGGCUUGGAAGAUGGACUGGACUUUAAUUACAGUUAUGGCUGUUAUGUCGCCUACAGUGGGCGGAACAAAUCAAGUAGCAGUUUUGCGUGUCCUCGCCACAAUGCUAGGAUCUAUUAUUGCGGUUCUUUUCUACUUGUUCUUACCUCACCAAGGUCCGCUUUUACUAUUUAUGUCAUGGGCGUUCUCUAUCCCUUGUUUUUGGAUGAUUUUGAAUCAUAAACAUGGUAGAUUUGGUAUGUUCUCUUUAUUGUCAUACAACCUGGUCGUCCCUUUUAUGUAUAAUCAUAUCAACGAGGACGUAGUCAUUGAUGUUGUUGAGCUAGCUUUUAUGAGGUGUGCAACUGUUUCUGCUGGUGUAUUAAUUGGACUUGUUGUUACUGCAUAUAUUUGGCCUUUCGAAGCAAGAAAAGAAAUGCGUAAAGGAUUAUCGGAUUUGCUUAUUAGACUUUCAUGGCUUUAUAAACAACUAGUAUCUGAAUAUUCAGAAUAUAACAACCCACCAAUAAGUGAAACUCGUGAUACUCAAGAAAACAACUACAGUCACAUGGUGAAAAGAGUUAUUUCCAAUACAAAAGUGGAAGAGGCUCCAAAUAGAAUAGUCACAUCAGUUGAAGAACUUGAAGCCUUGGCAAGACGAAAUGAAGCACGAUCAAUUCAAUUUCAGCAUGUGGAACUCGAGUUACAGGUUACUCUGGUUGAACUGCAGGGAUUAUUGGUGUAUGCUCCGGAUGAGCCACGUCUUAAGGGUCCGUUCCCGGCAAAAACAUAUGAAGCCAUGUUAACAUCGUGUCAAAAUAUUUUGGACAAAUUUUUAUCGAUUCGUAUUGUAAUUUUAAAGGAUGUGUGGGCAACACAAGUAAGAAGAGACCUAAUGUUGCCCGCAAGUCGAGAAUUGAUGGAGAUGGCGGGAAGCGUUUUACUUUAUUUCUAUCUAUUGGCUUCUGCUUUGCAACUGAAGACACCCUUACCGCCUUAUUUACCACCUGCAGAAAAAACGAGAGAACUAUUGAUGAUAAAAUUACAACAGCUACCCAAAAUCACAGCAGAUUUAAAAAAGAACAACAACGUUGCAAACGGUGACGCUGUAAAAGAUGAGUGCUACAUGGUAUACUACGCGUAUGUAAUUAUGAUGGAAAGUAUUAUCAUCGAAUUGGAAAAUUUGGGUCAAGAAAUGAAAAAACUCUUUGGAUCUUUGGUCCCUGAUGACCAAUGGGCGAGAUGUUUUGGUUUAGAUUUAGAAAAUAAUACACUGCAUAAUAGAUGAUUACAAUUUUAAUAAAAAAUAACUAGGUCUUUUUCUUAAUUUUAUAUAUU